AUGACUCUUGUUAAAAAUUUAAAAUUGGAUGAACCUCAUUACUAUAUUCCCCACCACUGUGUGCUCAAACCUAAUAGCACAUCAACAAAGCUUCGAGUGGUGUUUGAUGCCUCAUGUGCUACAUCUUCUGAGAAAUCACUCAACGAAAUUUUAAUGGUUGGUCCCACAAUACAAGAGGAGCUUUUCCUGCUGCUACUGCGCUUCCGACUCCAUCGUUUCGCUUUAACCGCAGACAUUGUAAAAAUGUACAGGCAAGUCUUGAUCAGCACAGAAGACCAACUAGAAUACGCUCUGUUAGCUGUAGUUUGGAACGUACAACAACAAUAUUUCAAAGAUGACAUAAAACGCGCAGUCAAGAAAAGGGAUCCACAGGGCCCACUUAAGGGCCUUAAUCCAUUUAUAGACGAUUCGAGUGGAAUUGCAAUUUUGAAAGUUGGUGGUCGUCUCGAACUUGCCCAUGUUCCUGAAACUCAAAAACACCCCAUGAUUAUGCCGAAGGAAAACAACUUUGUUAAAUGUUACAUUCAAUAUCUUCACAUUAAAAAUUACCAUGCCGGUCCGAAGGCAUUAGUCUCUCUUGUCAGAAUGCGUUUUUGGGUAAUAAAUUUACGAAAUCUUUGUCGUACUAUUGUGAAUCGCUGUCCACACUGCAUACGUUAUCGUCCAAAACUAUUACAACAAAUGAUGUCAAAUUUACCAGCUGAUCGUCUCAAUCCCUCUCGAGUUUUCGCCAGAUGUGCUGUAGAUUUCUGUGGUCCCAUAAACACGUAUUUAAGAAUCAGAGGAAAGGUGCCAUACAAAACGUAUGUAGCGGUGUUUGUCUGCCUAGCAACAAAGGCUGUUCAUAUCGAAGCUGUGUCGGAUUUAUCCACCGAUUCCUUUAUUGGCGCUCUAAAAAGGAUGAUAGGUAGAAGAGGUUUGCCAACAGAUAUUUUCUGCGACAAUGGCACAAACUUUGUGGGUGCGAACACAAAACUCAAAGAUUUGAAAAGGUUUUUGUUUGAUGAAGAUAACAAAAACCACAUAACUAAUUUCUGCGCCAAUGAGUUCAUAAAUUUCAAUUUUAUUCCACCCAGAGCACCCCACUUUGGUGGUCUUUGGGAGGCAGCUGUUAAAUCUGCUAAGGGUCAUCUAACUCGUACAUUCACAAAUACUCGCUUGACCUACGAAGAACUCGCCACUGCCUUAACUGAGAUAGAAGCUAUUUUAAAUUCGAGACCUAUAUCGCCAAUGUCGUCGGAUCCGAGCGAUUUAGAGGCCCUCACACCAGGCCAUUUUAUUAUAGGUUGUUCGAUGCGAUCUCUUCCAGAGCUUGACCUCUCGUCCAAAAACGUAAAUAAUCUUGAUCACUGGGCCCAAAUUACUAAGAUAAAACAGCACUUUUGGAAGAAAUGGUCUCAUGAAUAUAUCAAUGAGCUUCAAGUGAGAAACAAGUGGACGUCUUCCAACCCAAAUGUUGCUGUGAAUACCUUAGUGCUAGUACACGAAGACAAUGUUCCUCCUCAGAAGUGGUUAAUGGGUAGAAUUAUUGAAACUAUAAGUGGAGGAGAUGGACGAAUACGAGUUGCCGAAGUAAAAACCAAGAAAGGAAUUAUUCGUCGACCUAUUCACAAAUUAGCCAUGCUCUUAAAUUGA